AUGUCUCUGCUGAAGAAAGACUUGAUCAGGCUCAUUGAUCAGAUAGCUGACAACUGGGGAUCCAUCCGCAACAAGUUGAGUAAGCAGAAUGCUGGAGGUCGACUCUCUCCAUCACAGACACCCAAAAAGGAUGAGAAGACCAAGGGCCGGGCCCACCAGGGAGAAAAGCUUCCGAAGAACGAGAAAAAGGAUGAAGAUGAGCCACAUGACACCUACAAUGUCAACAUUCAAGCCAACAACCAAGGGCCGGCCAGUCAUAAAAAACUCUUCACCGUCCAAGUGGCUCCAAGCGCCACCAACGAGGAUUUCAGGGCCAGGAUGAGGAAUGCCGCUCAAGAUAAGGGGAUUAUCUGA